AUAAACAGAGCAUGGCCGCGAAGGGAGAGAAAGUGAUUCGAAGAAGCAAAAUGAGUAAGGUGUGGGUUGCCUUCGCCGUGUUCGGUGCAAUAUCCAUCCUGCCGCCCGCGUCCGGUCGCAUCGUUAAGCGCAGCUACUCGGAUCAAAGUGUGCGCGGCUAUCUGACGGAGCGUACCUGCUGGUGGAAUGAGGUGUGCAAGGAAGAAUUCCAGCAGCUGUUCCGAUGCCGCUGUCCACAGUGGUCGUACUGCAGAUCACCCGGCCGGUACUAUAACGCGUACUGCUCCAUGACGAACACGGGCUACAUCUGGACGCAACCGACGUGGGACUGGGAGACGGCUUAACCUCACCGGCUUUCGCGAUGGCAAGGUGGCGAUGGUGUGAUGUCUAUCCGCUGACGAGACGCCUCGAGACACACGCUGUCAUAACGAGCAGUGUGAGGAGCCGCUUUUGGAGAGCAGCGCCUAUCGUUUGUUGAAUCUGGAUUUUGUAAGGAUUACCAGUAAUUAAAGUGUUAAUUAAAAUUGCAUCAGUUUAGCUUAGGUUGGCGCACCGUAGCAGGUGGCCGUUUUGCGGUUAGCUAAACUUUCUACAUUAUUCUCAAUCCGUGCAGUAGCAAGAGCAGUGUUUAUGUAAUUUUAUGUUAUGCUAGAAGAAAAAACACAUUUCAUUUUCAACACCAUGUAAAGCUUUACUCUGUAAUACAUCAUGCAGACAGCACAAGUGUGCAAAAACGCAAGGAAACAAAACCAACAUCAUCAAAAACUAGAACGCACUAGAAGACCAAACGUUUUAUAGACUUACAUUUUUACACCAAACCAAAAAAAGAAACAUAAACAACAGCUACAAAAGCGACAUAAUCGAACCGAAAAACCAAAAACGGAAAUCAAAUUUACACUCAUCCGCAUAUCAGCGAACCUGAAACGUGUUUGUGUGAGUGUAUUUUAGCGUUUAGGGAACAACUAAUUUGGUAGAAACGCAUGUUUUGUAGCGGAUAGCGAUUAGUGAAUAGUGACCAAACCAAAAAGGGCCCUUAUAGUGCAGCUUGGUGUGCUUUAUUUUAAAGCCAGUCCGUGACACACGUACACGAAAUGGUUGUAGAAGCAGCCCGGGGGCGCAACGCAAUUGUUUCCUUUUUGGCUGUAGGGGUUUUUGGGGGUUUUCGGGGGAGACAAACACGGGAUGUCCUGCAGAGCGUUUUGCAGCUCAGCGGAGGAGAAUAUGUGUUAUGGUAUAAAUAAUACACGCACAAUGGAAGCUCAAUGUUUUAUUGAUUUAGUUGAAAACAGAAACCAACAGCAAGUGUGUUUUAAUGUUAUGCCGUUGAAUAAAAGUGCAACGAAAUAGA